UCCAGACAAAAAAAAAAUAAAAAUUCAAAAACCAUUUUCUUCGAGACCUUUCGCGCUGCUCUUCACAAAACCUCUUCAAAUCAAACUUCAUAAAACCCUAGAAGUCAAAUCAAUCCCCAAUUUCAUCCCAUGCGAUUCUUCUGAUGUGGUAUGUAGCUUUAUUUUCUAAAGCCUUAAAUUUUAUACUUUCUAUUUGGUCUUUAUUAUGCAGUUUAAGAACUAGGGUUUCGUAUUUGUCUUAGGAAAUUAUGGACCCAGAUAUUGCAGGAGUGAUCAUGGAAUUUCUUGUUCGAGUACCCACACUAGAAGAUAGUAUAAUCAAAACCUUGUUAGAAAAGCUGCCUAUACGUAAAGAUGAUCACCGCUUAAUCAAAUGUAUAUUACUCAGAAAACUUUCUGUGGAAAGUUCAAAAGGACAAGUUUCGGAAAAUACCUUAGAGACCCUGGAAAGAAUUGAAGAAUCUGAUUACACCCAAGGUGUCAGUACAUUGGAUUCGAUGAGUGAAGCCUAUUGUUCUGUUGCAGUUCAUUGCGCUGUUGUACACUUGAAAAAGAUUCCUAUCGAUUUUCAUAGUUAUUUGGAUGCUGUUGUUAGGAUAUGGAGAGGUAGGAUCCAUGACAUGGAGAAACGUGAGGGGGUUAGUUUGUAUUCUGAUAAGUUGAAGGAAAUGAGGUGUGUCAUUGAGGAGGCACUUUGGAAUGGAAGUGUUCGUGAGAGAGUGUUAACAUGGGAUACACAAGGGGAUGCUGUGAGAUUAGUCAAGGUUUUUCUAGAAGACGCAAUGAAACAGCUUGGUCCAUCAAUGAUUGAAAUCGCGGUGAGUUCAUUAACUGCUAAGGGAAAAGAAGUAUUUAUUCCACCUAGUAAUUUGUUAAGUAAACACCCAGAAGAUGGACGCGUUUCUGAUGCUCCACAUUGUGAUGUUCAUGUGCACGAAAGUAAUCUAGGAAAUGAUGGUAAUGAUGUGGCUUUGGGUUCUGGUAUGGAGAUAAGCCAUGCAGUAAAUGCUAAAAACAAUUUGCCUACACCGGAAAUUGAGAUAGUAAAAGAAGCACGAAAGACAAGUACAGCUGAUUUGCAAUCAGUGGUUGAAGAGACGCUUCCUCGUGCAUCAAAGCGUAAAUACAAUCUGUCCACACCUGAAGUUAAGACAGUACAAGAGGCACUCAAGUCGAGUCUAUCUGAUUUACAAGCAAUGGUUAAAGAUCCACUUCCAGACGCGUUAAGGGUGGCUAAGGCCAUAUCAGCCUCUAUAGCAAGAGAAGCUACAACACAACAAAAUUUCGUACUUGUGGACGAGGGUGGGGAAGCUUCGUGUGCUCCUUCUGUUGAUAAGGGUGUAACUUCUGCCGAGGCAAAUGAGACCAGAAAUCAGAAUACAACUACUAGACCUAGCCUAAUGGGUAGGAAUAGUACUGCACAUACAUAUGAGUGGAAUGAAGAUUCAAUUGAAUCCUCACAGGAAAGGUCGCCAGAUCAUCCUCACUUACCUACCCCGAGGAGAGUAGUUGUUUCUCCCCUGGUAAAGCAUGAGGUUGGAAACCACAAGAGAAUGAAAAGGAAAUGGAGCCUGCAGGAAGAACAAGCUCUUAGAGACGCUGUUACCAAGCAUGGCAGAGGAAACUGGACCUUGAUCUUAAACAAAAAUCGUGAUGUGUUUGAAGAUAGAACCGCGGGAGAUCUAAAGGAUAAGUGGCGAAAUAUGACAAGAUAGAUCAGUUUCGGAGUUCAAACCUCUGUAGUAUGCGAGGUUACCGUGUUGCAGCAUAGGGAUGCACAACCAGAGCUAGGGGCAUUGGGCAAGCAGAAAGUCUUGUUCUGUGGGUAGUGGUGGAAUGAAGCUGCGAAGUAAUCAGAUAUAGUAGAAGGUGACUAAAUGAAAUUGCUGGAUAAUGCCGCGUUGAUUUUGCUAGUAAAAGAUUGGAGGUUCAGAACCUUAUCAUGGUUUCCAUGAGUGUGUUUUUGGUCUUAUAAGUUUGCUGAUGUAUGGAAGAACCACAUAAGUUACCCAAUUGUCAUGAAUGUCUGAGGUGAAAAACUUGUUGUAACAUGGACGGAUACACCUCUAAACUCGCUGCUACAUGACUGCUGUAAUGUUUAUAUGCUAUGUCAAUUAAGUUUUUUCUUCUAGCCAAAAAAUAACAUUCCAGAAUUCUGCA